AUGUCGUCCAAGAAGAAACAGAACACACUUGAUUUAUUAGAAAGAUUUCGUGUAAAAGUUCAUACUGCUAACGAUGAACAAACUAGUGAACCUUUAAAUGUAACACAAGCAGAACAAAUAACUGAUAAAGUUCAAACACCAUUUUUAAAACAUACUUUUGUAUCUCAAGAAUUAUUAGAUAAUGUUCAAGAUAUUUAUACAAAUGCUGAAUUAUUAACUGUUUAUGAUCCAAGAAGUCCAAUGACUAAACGACGACGAGAUGAAAGUAGUAUGUUACUUCAUCAAAAAAAACAUAAAGGACGUAAAGAUGUAUUUCGAUCAUGGGAAGAACAACUUGAUCGAUCAAAAGUAGUUGAAAGUGAUGAUGAACAAGAAUUUCUUUUCAGUAUACCAUUUAAUGGUGUUGUAAAAAUAACUGGCCUAUGUGUUAUUGGUGAAAAUGGUCCAUCACAUCCGAAUACAGUUAAAUUAUGGAGUAAUUUACCUGAAUUACGUUUUGAUAAUGCACAUGGAAAAGCUCAUCAAGAAAUUUCACUUACAUAUGAUCCAUCCGGUACAUUAGCUUAUCAAGUCAAUCCAUCACAUUUCUCACGUGUAACACAUUUAUCUUUAUAUUUUCCUUCGAAUUUCGGUGAUGAAACAACUCGUAUUUACUAUAUUGGUCUUCGUGGUGAAUAUCUUGGUGAAGUAAAAUCUAAAGUAGUCAUUACAACGUAUGAAGCUAGACCACAAUUAAAAGAUCACAAAGUGGAUGAUUUUUUAACAAGCAAUCGUGAAAUACAAUAA